CCAGACUGGGUGUAAUGAGCAGCAGUAGCAGCGAGACAUACUGAGGCUGGCUUCGGGACUGAGAGCUUCAUCAAGACUUCAUUGUAAAGCUCAAAGCCGUGGAGGGGAGGCAAUUCGUGCACCUGGCCUUUGUUUGAUUCCUUAUAGUUGGAAUGGCAUUCCCUGUGGAUUUUCUCGCUGAGUUGGAGCAUGAAGACAUCCAGCAUUCAGCUGAGGAAUACAUGUCUAAUCUUCUGCACUCUGACCCUGAGAAGCUGGAGUAUUUCACUCUACCCAACAGAAGGAAGAUUCCAGUUAGCCUGUCCUCUGUUGCUUUUGUUCCACUUUAUGGUGGCGAUAUGACUUAUAAAGUUCUGGCUCUCUUUGCUCCUGAAAAUCAGUUCACAGCUGUGGCAUUGUACCUGGUGGAUAGAUGGUGGGCAGUUGAUGACAUCAUCAAAACAGCUGAAUCCUCCCGUCAGGGCCCCCAGCAGGUAACAUCACUUGGGGAGCGGAUUGUUCUGUACAUUUUGAACCGUAUCAUUUACAGAGCCCAGGAAAUGAGUGCGGAUGAACUCCCUUUCCUUUGCCACAGUGCCACUGAAUAUGCCAAAAUUCUCUGGAAGUCUGGGAAAGCAAUUGGAUUCUACUCCAUCAAAAUAGCAGGAAGCAAAUGUGAUACCUUCCUGACUCAGCGCUACCAGCUGCCAAUACUUGACACCAUCUUUGUGAGGAAGAAGCAUCGCGGGAAGGGAUAUGGUCUGCAAAUGCUGGAAGACUUUGUUGAUUGUUUCACAGAGGAUAUGCUGGGUUUGAGAUACCCACUUUCAGCCUCCAUGUAUGGAGUUUGUAGGAAGUAUUUGAACAAUUAUCCUGAUGACCACAGCCUUCUGUGGGAGGUUGAAGGCGUUGGCCACCCUUUCCAGCGAGUUCGUAUUGCAGACAGAAUACUGACACAGAUCAGCCCUGUGAAAGGUAUAGAUAUCUCACGUACUGAUGAACCUGGACCAGAAAGAAGAGAAUCUUCAUCCUUAGACAUGGCUGACAGUGGAACGGCAAAGCAACUGGUAAACAAAGUGGAGAAGCAGCCAAAUACGACAGAGCUGUCUACUGAAUUACUUGUUCGUCAAGCAUUGCCAGGUGCCUCUUCAACUCUUUCUGAAGAGCUCACAAGACCACCUGUUGCUAAACGGGGAAGAAGCAGUCAAUCCAAACGUUCAAAAGCAGGAAAGAGUCAGGUUGAGUCGGAAACAAAAACAAAACGUUUCAAUAAUAAAGAGGAGGCAAUUGUAUCAGCAGAGCCUAAGGAUCAGUUAAACAGAUGUGAAGCCAAAGCAGAUGGAAGUGGAGAUGAUCCACAAAUGGUUGAAAAUCAGGAAAAGUGCACAAUUCCAGAACGUCCUGCAGGAAUAACAGAGAGUGAUGUAGUGUUAUGUCACAUUGACGUCUUGAAACAAGAUGUUGGUGAGGAUAAGGAAUCUUCCUCUGAGACAAUUCCAGAACCAGUAAACUUUGAGAUAAGAGAGCAGGCUGCUCAAGACUCCAACAAGCCUACAGAGGUGAUACCUGAGGAACCAAUCAAGACAGAGAUAGCAAUUCCCAAGGAUCCAUCUGAUGCUGAAGAGGAGAUUCCCCAGAACGUGACUAUUGUGGAGAAUGAGAUUCCCAAAAAUCCGACCAAGGCUGAAGAAGAGGUUCCUGAGGAUCCAACCAAAACUGAGGAAGAGAUUCCUAAGGAUCCACCCAAGGCUGAGGAAGACAUUCCUGAAGAUCCAACAAAGACUGAGGAAGAGAUUCUUGAAGAUCCAACAAAAACUGAGGAGAUGGAAGCAGAGAUUCUUGAUGCUCUGACUGAAGCUGGGGAGGAAGUUCCUGAUGAUACAACCAAGGUUGAGGAGGAGAUUUCUCCAGAUUCACUGAAGACUGAGAAAGAAAUUUCAAUGAAGGAUAAGGGAGAGGUCAUUCAGGAUUUGACAAAUGAGGACAAGCAAGCGAAUAAAGCACCUUCUGAUUGGUUAGAAAAUCUGCCUAAAGAACCGAGACCUGAAGAAGACAUGAAGGAUCACAGUGAAAGCAACAUGACAGAAAAGGAUGCAGAGCGUGAAGAGGAAAGUGCUGAAGUUGUUGUUGCACAGAAUGAAGGCAAAGAAUGUGAACCACUGCAGCAACCAGCAGUUAACAGCAAUUCUCCCAACCACCAUGCACCUCUUCCAAAUAAGCCUGCACUAGCUGAAAGUGGGGAACUGCCUGAUGUACAAACUAACACAAAGACUUCUGAUAAUGGCCAUGUUUCAGUCAAUGAGGAAGUAUCACAACACAGUGCCUUGGAGGGUGAGGGCAUUUCGGAGACUGCUUCAGCACAACAUGAGAGUGAGACCGGGGAAUCUAAUGCCCCGAUGGACCUCAGUCUAGGUCCCUUACUUGUGAUUGAACUUGAGGAUGUUUCACUGAAGCAGGUUUCUUCUGUGCAGCUGUCCGAAGAUGAAACAAAAGAAUCUGAUGAUCUGAAGGAUCAGUCAUCACCCGCUGUGGUUGAGAAGGCAGCCGACAGCAGCUCGGAAGAGAUGGAAACAGAAGUACCGGUUGUGGACAGGAGAAAUCUGAGAAGGAAAGUCAAGGCAAACAAAGGACCUCCCAAGAAACGAAGCAAGGUAGCAGCUUAAGUCCAUGUUACACCAUACAUGUGUGUAACUAAUUAUAGCCCCACUGUGUUAUGAAAGACCCAGAAAUGAUGUUUACUGAAAAUUGAACCCAGUCAGUAUUUGAGCUACUUAUUUAAGAGUACUGCUGUAGCCUCAAUGCUGUAUUGUAUGAUAGCUUUAUAUUGCUAGCCCUAUUUUCCUGUAUUCUAUUAACAGACUCCAGCAUUUAUCAGUCACAACACUAUUACUUUAAAAUCCAAUUCUAGAUUUUUGUGUUCUGCUGGUUUCAAAAGGGAAAAACAUCCACACCUAUGAAAAAACUUUUAUAAAUAUCAAAUCUUAUUAAGGUUUGGACUGGAAUUAUAGAACACGUUGAACUUACAAAUGUUUAGUUUGGUAGUGUAUCACAGGACAGUGACCCACAAAGCCGAUUUAAUAGAUACUGGAUUGCAGGUUUUUUCCAAUUUUGGGAUUUUUAAACUUUCUCUUGGCUGUAAUAUUUUGAUACUGUGCCUAAUGUUAAUAAUGUAGGCUGUUUAUGGUAACCUCCAUCACCACAGUUUUUUCAGUUUUACUUCAUUGCUUAAAUUUGGUAAUCCAAAGAACAAUGUUUUGUGUUGCAGGCUUGCUUGGUGCAUCAGAUGUAAUAGAAUUAGACCAGAAUACCAGUAUAGUAUUUGCCUAUUUCUUCUGUUCUUUCAAGCAAGGAUGCCUCAAUGCUCAGAAUUCCAACAUUUCCAGCUGUAGUUGUGUUUGUUUUUAGAAAUAAAGUGUCUAAUGUUAAAAUAAAUUUUAUAAUUUUAUGUCGUUGUUCUAGUAUAGAAUGAAAGCAUGGAUGGGAACACAGUUGUCAGGAACUUCAUGUUAUUGACCAACUGGCAAAAUCUGCUCAAUAACCAGAUUUGUUUCUAAAAGAUUUAUUCAGUCUGUAACAAAUUAAUGAUGUUAGACAUGGUUUUACCGAUUAGAAAUCAGUGCUGCAGAAUGCUUAAAAUUUCUACAUUCUAAAAUGCAAUGCUAGAAUAAUAAGAAUGUGUUUUAGUCAAACACCAUGGAUCUUUUUGUCAUGAAAGCACAACCAUUGAAUGAGGGAGAAUUUAUGCAUUUUACUUUGUUAUGUGGUGUUUUAAGAGAAAAAUGUUUUUGUGGAGUCUGUUAAGUGCAAUGAAAUCCACUACAGUAAUUUAAAGUAAAAAUGCACAUGGGAACAAACUUACUGUAACUGGAGUUGCUCACUUUUCCACCAUUGUAGGGAUGGUUAACAAAUUCACCUGCAUCCUGUUGUUGAGUUUUCAAAUGUUAUGGUUUUACAGCUACUGUGGUGUUUUAAUACAGUCCUAAUAACUGCUUUCAAUUUAUGUUAGUGAGCAAAUGCAAAACUGUUCAAUUCUGUCACUAACCUUUAUAAUUUCACAACACCAGGCUUAUUGUCCUUUUAACAGUGAGUCUAGGGAGGGGGUGUUGAAAUCUUUUAAUACAUUCUGCUAUUUAAUUGGAUAACUUUUGUGUAUUUAGUCAUUUACGUUGGUACUAGAAUGUUGUUUGUGUAUAAUGCACAGUUUUUACAGUAAACGUCUGCCGUAAUAAAGGAAUUUUGUUUUUUCUUGC